UAUCGUCAAAACGUAGAGAGAAAAAAAUCGGAGAAUAAAAGACUGAAAAUGCCCAAAUGUUUCCAUUGAAUGGAAUGGUGUAUUCUAAGCUUUCUUGGUGUGAAGACGAGUGUUGACGUCUACUUAUAUUUGACGUGAAAAGAUUUUGGAAUAGUAUCUGACUUGUUUGGAUUUCUUUUUGUUAUUGUAAUGAUCUUUGGAUUUUUAAGCUUCGAUGCGGGAUACAUAAGAUUUUUAGGAAUUAGCUUACGUGUAGUGUUAUUUUAGUAUUUAUUUUACAGAAUAAAAAAAAAUGGUUAAAGAAGCAGAUAAAGACAGUCCUCUGAAAAAACGUCGAAAGAAUUCUAUUGCAGCAAAUGGAACUCCUAAUGCUGUUGCAGAACGUGAUGUUUAUCAGGAGGUGAUCAGGCACGAGGAGACGGAGGCCGCGCAGCAGGACCCGGAGGCAGACAAGGAGCUGUUCCACCGGGCGUGCGACGAGGUGCGCCGCCUCAUGGGGGAGAUAGCGCAGCUCAAGGCAGAGGACGCGGGGCAGAACCUGGCGGAGAUCGGGCGCAAGCGGGUGGAGGCGUCGUUGCAGUUCGUGGUGCUGAAGAAGCUGAACCGGCUGGAGAAGUUCCGCAUGAAGAGCGCGCGGGACACGCUGAACCGCGUGAAGCAGCAGGUGGACAGCGACCACUUGCAGCUUCAGAAUCUGCUCUACGAGAUCGAGCACCUCAAGAAGGAGGUGACCAAGUGCCUGCAGUUCAAGUCGAAAGAUGAAGAAAUCGAGUUGGUAUCUGAGGAAGAGUUUUACAGAGAUGCACCACCUGCUUUGACGCGACGAGAGGUGACGGAGCAGGACGGCCACCAGCUGAAGCUGGCGCGGCUCGAGUGGGAGUUGGAGCAGCGCAAGCAGUUGGCAGCCCUGUGCAACAAACUGAACCUGGAGAAGGACGCUGUGGGCAAGGACAUCCACCGCAAGAGGGAGCGUCUCGACAGCCUGGCCCCGCAGCUGCGCACCAUCCUCGAUGGCACCAAGCCGGUGCAGGAGUACCUCAGCCUGCCCUUGGACAAGAUCCGCCGCCAGCACCAGGUGGCCUGCCUCCUUCCCAAGCCCCUCUUCGUGCUCUACGUGCAGACGGACGCGUACCGAGAUGCCUGCGACGCACUGAUGGCGGUGUCGGUUGCGGGUGACGAGGAGGAGGCGAGGCUGUUCAAGCAGACGCUGGCCGAGGAGAGAGCGCGCGACGACGUGGACUCGGACGUGGAAGCCUCGGAGGAGACCACGGAGCACGACAAGAGGCACCACCGCAAGAUGUCGCGCUCCGACCGCCUGGAGGAGAGGAGGAGGCGGCUGCUGCUGAGACACCCGCUCACCGUCGUGGUCACCCUCAAGCUGAGAGACGACAACAGCAUCCAGCUGACCUUCCACUACCUGGCCAACCUGCACGUCGUCACCGUCAAGGUCAAGCUGCACACCGUCCACGACGUGUCGGGGCUGUCUGCCGGGGACCUGAUGGUGGCCCACAAGCUGCUGUUCUGCCUGUUCCCCGGGGACAGCGGGGAGGAGAGCCCCAAUGCUGCCAACCACUACCAGCUGCAGCAGGUGGGGCUGUCGGGCCUGGGCGAGCUCAUGCCCGAGCUGGGGACGCCCUACUUCUGGGCGCAGCGCCUCGCUGGCCUGGACUUCGUGGGCGCUCGCACCCCUGACGUCAUGCACGCCAAGGCAAAUGAGGUGGAGCCCAAGAUGACUGUCAGUCAGGCAAGCGUGGAGUCUGUCGUGAAGGCUAUUCGGCAACGCCUUACAGGCCGAAUCGCCCUUUGCAAGCAGAUUCAACCUCUGGAGAAGGGAGUGGUGUCCCCGCUGAGCCACCACCCCGCGCUGCCCGCGCGGUGGAGCGCGGCCGUGUCGCAGUGGCAGCCCGUGUCCUGGGCCGAGUACUCGCGGGCGCCCCACGCCCAGCCGCUGGUGCGGGAGGGGGCGGUGGGGCCGGACGACUCCUUCUACCGCGCGGUGCUGUCGCGGGGCUCGGCGCGCCUCGUGGCGCUGGUGGCGGUGGCGUGCAGCUUCCCGCAGCGCCCGCCGCUCUUCAGCCUGCUGCUGCAGUGGCACGGCGAGCACCACGCCGCCUGCAGCGACGCCGUCAGGGACAUGGAGCGCGAGGUGAACGUGCACUGGACGGAGCUGGUGCGCGCGCUGGGGCGCGGCUGGAGCGAGCGCCUGCUCACCGCGCAGGUCAUCGUGCUGCUGUGCUGCUUCGACCUGUACCUGGAGUCGGAGGGGGCCACGGGCGUGGCGCCCACCGAGUUCCCCCGCGACAAGAUAUUCUUCAAGCCCGUCAAAGGCAGAAACCGCAGCCGGCCAUACAGGUUCCUUCCGAUUGGCGGCGGAAUCUACACUCAACGCUGAUGCUGUUCUGUAGGGUGUGUCUGUGUUUGACACUGCAAUGCAUCAAAAUAAAAUCCUCAUUAAUUUUUUUUAAAA